UUACAGCUAAUUUUAUUUUCUUCGUCACGCUAAGCAAUAGUCAAUUUCAGGGGGAUUUUAGGAACAUUAAGUGAAACCAUUUCUAUGAGCUACCUGUCCCCCAAAUCCAGCGACUCUUCCCGCUCAUCAAACACCUCUCUUCUGCACUCUCUAGGUCCGUAGAGGCUCUGGGGGUUAGCCCUUGAACGUGGCUUCUGAAGAGGUGGCCCACCACACCUGGCUUCCCAGCAGGUCAGAGCGUGGGGCUGAGUGCGGGGCCCACGUUCCCAUCGGAAUAAGCUCACGGCUACCACAAGCACCUCAAGACCUCCGCAGCUUACCACGACCCGGCCGUGCCCCUUGCUCACAUCACGGAUGUCCUAGGCCGACUGGCAGGGUUCUGAGCCACACUGUCCCUGGGCCACCGGCAUCCUUCUACGUCAUGGCCCCACCAUCGCCGGCUCCUUCGAGUCUCCACCAGACCCUCUGCAUCUGACCAGCAGGAGGCGUGGGAGAAGAGCUCCGUGUUUCCAUCCAACUAGGCAACGUUGCAUCGUCAAGGGAAAAGGAAGGUGUGUUGGAGCUGAUCAAGGGCGGAGAUGGUUAAUUCUAAAGGAAAGAUCACUGACUCAGAUCCUGUAUCCGAUCAUCUGUUACUAAAUGGACUUGCGGAUAAGGCAGAGAAAAAUCAGGAAACGGGACUCAAGAAGAACCUAUGUAGCCAGUACGAGGAGAAAGUGCGCCCCUGCAUUGACCUCAUCGACUCCCUUCGUGCCCUGGGCGUGGAGCAGGACCUGGCCCUGCCUGCCAUCGCUGUCAUCGGAGACCAGAGCUCGGGCAAGAGCUCAGUGCUGGAGGCCCUGUCAGGGGUCGCCCUUCCCAGAGGCAGCGGUAUUGUCACAAGGUGUCCUCUGGUGCUGAAGCUGAAGAAGCUCAUGAAUGAGGAUGAAUGGAGAGGCAAAGUCAGCUACCAGGACUUUGAGACGGAGAUUUCAGACCCUUCGGAGGUGGAGGAGGCAAUCAAUACAGCCCAGAAUGCCAUCGCCGGGGAAGGACUGGGGAUCAGUCAUGAGCUAAUCAACCUGGAGGUCAGCUCCCCUCAUGUCCCGGAUCUGACCCUGAUAGACCUCCCUGGCAUCACCAGGGUGGCAGUGGGCAAUCAGCCGGCCGACAUCGGACGCCAGACCAAGCAACUCAUCAGGAAGUACAUCGUUAAGCAGGAGACAAUCAACCUGGUGGUGGUCCCUUGCAAUGUGGACAUCGCCACCACAGAGGCACUGAGCAUGGCUCAGGAGGUGGACCCCGAUGGAGACAGGACCAUAGGCAUCUUGACAAAGCCUGACCUGGUGGACAGAGGCACCGAGGACAAGGUGGUCGACGUGGCACAAAACCUCGUCUGUCACCUGAAGAAGGGCUACAUGGUCGUCAAGUGCCGGGGCCAGCAGGACAUCCAGGACCAGCUGAGCCUGGCCGAGGCUCUGGAGAAAGAGAGAGUCUUCUUUGAGGACCACCCACAUUUCAGGGUUCUCCUGGAGGAAGGAAGGGCCACCGUGCCCUGUCUGGCGGACAGACUGACCACUGAACUCAUCAUGCACAUCUGCAAAUCUCUGCCCCUGUUAGAGAAUCAAAUAAAGGAGAAUCAUGAGAAAAUAACAGAGGAAUUACAAAAGUAUGGCUCAGAUGUACCAGAAGACGAACACGAAAAAAUGUUUUUUCUGAUAGAUAAAAUCAAUGCGUUUAAUCAUGACAUCACCUCUUUAAUACAAGGGGAGGAGUCUGUGGGGGAGGGUGAGAGUCGGCUGUUCACCAAAAUCAGACAUGAAUUCCACAAGUGGAGCACCGUGAUUGAAAAGAAGUUCCAGAAAGGGUACAAAGCGAUAUAUAAAGAAAUUGAGAAAUUUGAAAAUCGGUAUCGGGGCAGAGAGCUGCCGGGAUUUGUCAAUUACAAGACGUUUGAGAUUAUUAUCAAACAGCAAAUCAGAGAGCUGGAGGAGCCAGCUGUCGACAUGCUGCGCACGGUAACUGAUAUGGUCCAGCUUGCCUUUGCAAAUAUUUCGAAAGGAAACUUUGAUGAAUUUUUCAACCUCUACAGAACAACCAAGUCCAAAAUCGAAGACAUUAAGUUUGAACUGGAAAACGAAGCGGAGAAGUCGAUCCGACUUCACUUCCAAAUGGAGCAGAUUGUCUACUGUCAGGACCAGAUCUACCAGCGGGCGCUGCAGAGGGUCAGGGAGAGGGUUUCGGAGGAGGAGAAGAGGAAUAAAAAAAUAAACAGUCCGAUCUCUGAAGAAGUUUCUUCAGGGAGCGUCUCCUUGUGUGAAAUCUUUGAGCACCUGCUGGCCUACCGCCAGGAGGCCGCCAACCGGAUCUCCAGCCACAUCCCCCUGAUCAUCCAGUACUUCAUCCUGCAAGUGUACGGCCAGCGGCUGCAGAAGAAUAUGCUGCAGCUGCUGCAGGACAAGGAGACCUACAGCUGGCUCCUGAAGGAGCGCAGCGACACCAGCGACAAGAGGAAGUUCCUGAAGGAGCGGCUCGCGCGGCUGGCCCAGGCUCGGCGCCGCCUGGCCAAGUUCCCCGGUUAAGUCCAGCUCCCUGUCCCGUCCGCAUCUCUAGGACCCGCCUCCAGCCCCGCCCCCAGCCCCCGGACGCGUGGGGGAGCCCCGCCCUCAGCACCGCCCCCAGCCCCGCCCUCAGCCCCAGAAGCCUGGGGGGACCCGCCCUCAGCCUCCGGACUCGUGGAGGACCCCCGCCCUCAGCCCCGCCCCAGCCCCGGACGCGUUGGGGUGGGGGAAACCCGCCCUCAGCCCCGCCCCAGCCCCUGACGCGUGGGGAGAGCCCCGCCCUCAGCCCCGCCCCAGCCCCGGACGCGUGGGAGGACCCGCUGUCAGCCCCGCCUUCAGCCCCGCCCUCAGCCCCCAGCCGCUUGGGGAGAGCCCCGCCCCAGCCCCUGACGCGUGGGAGGACCCGCUGUCAGCCCCGCCCUCAGCCCCUGGCCGCUUGGGGAGAGCCCCGCCCCAGCCCCUGACGCGUGGGAGGACCCGCUGUCAGCCCCGCCCUCAGCCCCGCCCCCAGGCCCCGGCCGCUUGGGGAGAGCCCGCCCUCAGCCCCGCCCCAGCCCCGGACGCGUGGGAGGACCCGCUGUCAGCCCCGCCUUCAGCCCCGCCCUCAGCCCCCAGCCGCUUGGGGAGAGCCCCGCCCCAGCCCCUGACGCGUGGGAGGACCCGCUGUCAGCCCCACCCUCAGCCCCGCCCCCAGGCCCCGGCCGCUUGGGGAGAGCCCCGCCCUCAGCCCCGCCCCAGCCCCGGACGCGUGGGAGGACCCGCUCCGCUCUCAGCCCCGCCCUCAGCCCUGGACGCGUGGGGAGAGCCCCACCCCCAGCCCCGCCCUCGGCCCCUCCCCCAGCCCCGAACGCGUUGGGGGGGGGGGACCCAACCUCAGCCCCAGACGCGGGGGGCGGGCGGGAGGGAGGUCCCGCCCCCAGCACCGCCCUCUCCCCCCCGCUGGCCCAUUUCACAGGCGCGAGGAGUUACUAGCCAGUCUUUCCUGGCACCGUCUGUGGUCUGUGCUUGUCCCUCGAGGGCAGGGACCUGGUGAGAAGACUUAGGUCAGGAUUAAGAGGAACGAGAGCUAGACUGGGUGGACGCCGCCGCCUCCCUGGUUAGGAGAAACCAGUUUCCACCUCGGGACUGUCCCUCCGGACCCCUCUCCCUCUCCCGCCGGAGAUCAGCGCAUGGGGAACACCCUAGAAGGCCUAGUUCCUGCUUUGUGCCACUUGCUAUCACGCGCCUGAUGUUUCUGGAGCAUGGGUGCUGUGUGCGUGUGCCUAGAGGCUGCAUUUCGCUGAUGUGGAAUAAACCCGUUUCUAGCGACA